AUGUCUGAAAAAGAAGGAAAUGAUGUAAUUGUGAUUGAAAAACCUGAGGAUAUGGGUGAAAAUUUAACAAAUGAAGAUGCACCUGCUAGUCUUGAAACAAUUCCAUCAGAAACACCAGCUCGAAAUGGAGUUCAAGUUGUUUCAAAGGAUAAAGUAAAAAUUGAUAUCUUAUUGAAAGCAACUGGGAAUGCGCCGAUAAUGAAACAAAAAAAAUGGGCUGUCAGCCAAGAUUAUUGUAUUGGCCGUAUUUCUGAUUUUAUCAGAAGAUAUCUUAAAUUAGAUUCUAGUGAAAAAUUGUUCCUUUAUGUAAAUCAAACAUUUGCACCUGCACCAGAUCAGGUAGUAAAAAACUUAUAUGACUGUUAUGGUGCAGAUGGAAAAUUAAUACUUCAUUAUUGUAAAAGUCAAGCUUGGGAACCAUCUGCACUUGCUGUGGCAAUAAAUUUAUCGUCUGGAGCAAAGACACAACGAGUAAUGGCAGCUGCAUGUGCGAGGCCUAAACGAAUAGUAGUAGCGGUACGAUAUUCCCAUAGUUUUACUAUAGAAUCAUCUGAUCCAAUUCAAAUUUUGCAUCAUUAGCAGAUUACCUUAAAUUCCAUAGUAUGCAUGUACCAUCUGUACUAGAACUAAUCAAACUCUUAUUAUCUGGUGAAACAUGUAGCGAUGUUAUUGGGCCCCUAUGUUCUUUCAGAACUUGCAGUAAAUGUCGUAAUUCAGAUUUUGCGUUCCAUAUUCGCACCUAAGUGAAAGUGUGUGCUUUAAUAAAUUGAAAAAAGAGCAUGGUUUAAAUAAAGGAUAGAUAUUCUAAUUUAAUAAAUUAAAUUUGAUAUACUUGUCCAUCACAACCACCACUGAUCAAUUGAUCAUUGUCGUUCGUAAUGGUAACUGUUGACACACAUUUCGUAUGAGCCGAAUUAAUCUCGAAUAAUAGUUUUCCACCGUUCAAGGCAAAUCCUCUUAUCGUACCAUCGUUCCAAGCUUCCUCCGAUAAAUUAAGUUUUUAAAUAAUGUGCGAUACAUAAAAUAGUAAUCGUUACGAUAUAAACUUACCAGAUAUUAUAGAAUCACCAUUGCUAUCAAAACAUAUGCUGGAACAAGCAAAAUUAGGUACGGUAAUUCGAAGCAAUUCUUUUUGAGUGGCUAGUUUCCAUAUUCGUAUAUCAUUUUUACUAGCCGUUGCAAAUAUUUCUGAACUAUUCCUACAAAAAUAAUAAGAUUUUUAUACAUCUUGUUUUCCCUUCGCAUAGUAUAUUUUAAAAAAGGUAAAUGAAACAUUUAAAAUCAAAGAGAUGGUUAACGAAAUUAUUAAAAAUAAAAUAGUAGGUAAAUAUAAUUUUUAUAUUUUGUCGAGAUACGUAAAUAUAAACUUAAUAUAUAUUUUAAAAUCAUUUUAGUAAUUUGUAUUUGUAAUAAAUGCAGAAAAAUGUCACUUGCAUCUCUUUGAUUCUAGAUAUCUCAAAUGAAAAUGAUUUAUUGUACGUGGAAACAAGUCAUUUACCGUGGGAAUGCUAA